CUCCUCUCGGUACCGAAAAGGGAAAAACGGGCUGAAGUGUCUUUUUCUGUCAUUUUAUGUUUCCGAACCGCUGCUGGUGAAAGCCAGAGGACCCAAAAUGUCUCCAAGCAGUUUUUUUUAAUACUGUUGAAGCGAAUACGUUACAUUUUUUUCCACUUUUAAGGACAAUUUUAGCCGAAACGCGCGAUUUGUUUUCAGAUUUCUGCCUCUUGAAAAGAGUUCUAAUGAAACGAGUCUGAAAACAUCAACGGCGUCAAGGCGGCACGUUUGCUUUUUGCUCAGCCUCGUUUUUACAAGUAUUUUCCUGUUUUUUUGGUAGCUUUAAGAGUGUUUUAUGCGAGUUAAACUAUGGCGUUCUUCGUGAAGAAGAAGAAAUUCAAGUUUCAAACCCAUCUGACCCUGGAGGAGCUCACUUACGUGCCUUUUGUCAACGGCGUCCUCUUCUGCAAGCUCCGGAUGCUGGAUGGAGAUUUUGUUGCUACUUCUUCCAGAGAGGAGGUCCACGAUCACUGUGUUCGCUGGAGGAAGAGGUUUACCUUUGUGUCCAAAAUGAGCGCCAACCCCCACACUGGAGUUCUGGACCCAUCUGUCUGCAGGGUGUCAGUCAGGAAGGAGCUCAAAGGAGGAAAAGCAUACUUGAAGCUGGGCUUCACAGACCUCAACAUGGCGGAGUUUGCGGGUUCGGGCUCCACCGUGCGCUGCUGUCUGCUGGAGGGCUACGACACCAAGAACACACGGCAGGACAACUCCAUACUGAAGGUGAUCAUCGGGAUGACCCUGCUGUCCGGAGAUCCGUGUUUUAAAACGCCUCCGAGCACAGCAAAGUCCAUCUCCAUCCCAGGACAGGAGCACACCCUGCAGCUGGACUGCAAGGGGGAGGGCACCGCUGAGCCCGGACCGCCGGGAGGGGUUUCCCUCGGCCGAGCCCCCAAACAUCGGCCUUCCAUCAUCAGCUCAGGUCUCCUGGAGGACUCGGAGGUGAAUCAGAACCAGCCUGGUCCUGCCGAAGCUUUCCAGUCUGGUCACUCUCGCAACUCCAGCUACGCCAGCCAGCACAGCAAAAUCUCAGGUUAUAGCACCGAGCACUCCUGCUCCUCCAGCCUGUCAGAUCUCACGCAUCGCAGGAACACCUCGACAGGAAGCAGCACCUCCGGGGGCUUGUGCUUCACAGUGGACACGCCCCCAGACGGCGACAAGGACGCUGGGCGUCCAGAGAGACCCCCUCGACCCCCGCGGCCGGUCCUACCCCCUAACCGGCCUCUGAGGAGGAAGCAGGACUCCGUGGAGAGUCACCCCUCCUGGGUGAACGACACUCGCAUGGAUGCCGACGACAUCGUGGAGAAAAUCGUCCAAAGCCAGAACUUUGCAGACAUCAACCACACUGAAGACAGCAACCUGCGUCUGUUCAUCAGCAGAGAUGGAACCACAGCACUCAGCGGCAUCAGGCUUGGAAACGGGGUGCCUGCUGGUGGCUACGAGCCUGUGGUGAUUGAGAGCCAUUAAACUGAGCAGCAGGAGAGGCGGCACGCUGACCAACACGUGGAUCAGCUCAACUUUUUUUUUUAAUUUCCUGGAGCUUCAGCCGGUCUGACGCCAUGAGAGGAAAUCCUCCUCAGUUUGCACUUUACGUGAAGGUUGUGCGGCACUCGUGCUGCGCUCUGUUAAGCUGUUUCUGUGACGUUUAAGGAGAAACAACAACGCGUCUCCUGAGCUGCCGCUGAGUCGCAGUAGCAGCAGGUUUCAUCGAUUCAAAAUGUUCAGAGCUUUGUUAUAAUUGAACACUAAUCCAACUUGUUGUAGCUUUAGAGCUGCCAAAUUUCCUAUAAAAUGCAUCUCUAAGAUCACGUUAAUCGAUUGAACACUAACAGUAUUUACUGAACACUACCUGCCACAGUGUAAAACAACAGGAAACACAGGAAAGUGCCUUUAAAUACCACCGAUCAUCAAUCACAGGCACAUGUUCACGAGUCUCCUGCAGUGUUUGUUUCAUUAAAAUUAGGCUGUACUGUGGAGCAGGGACACGGAGUGUAGCAUUGAUUUUGUAUUAGUUUGUGUGUAUGCUUGUGCAUAGGUGCAGGAUCAGUGCUUGUUAGAUGCGUCACUGCUGCUGGGACAUUUUUGUUGCUGAAGAUGUUAAACUCGAAUCAGGGAAAGGUUUUAUGUUCAGAAGUCCUCACCUGAGGCUCAGCAGCCAAACGAGGAUAACUGUGUGUAAAUGAUUAAAAAGUGCCUAACUCUGAAGCAUCCUAUCUCCCACUGAAGGCACCACAUCGACACUGAAGGUGUUUAAACAAACCCAGUGAGCAGAAACUUUAGUUUUAGUGUCAGUUUGUUCCCUGUUGACCGGGGAAGUCUCUACAACCACUCUGUGCCUGCGACGUUUCUCUUAAAUGAUCCGAAAGCGCCAUGAAAACCGUGACGUCAGAGUGCUGGUGACGAGGGAAAUGUUGCUUCAUUUGUGUUUUUUUGGGCGGGGGUCACUCUAUGGAUGAUCAGUGUAAAGUCGUUGCUCCUGUUGUGUCAGAAAAACUCGCUGUGCUGUAAACACUGCUGAUUGGCUGCAGCUGCCAAAGCCUCUGUCGCCCCCUGGUGGAGCGACAGGUCUUUGCAGUCAGACUGCAGAUCAGUUUCUGUGGAGCUCAAAUGUUGGAAACCAGCUGGCUGGUUUGAAGCGUUUUUUUUUAAAGGAAGUUUUCAGCUGCUUUAUGAAGUUUUCCUCCUCAGGCUGAAAUAGAGACAUUUAUCCCAAACAAAGAGUCUUAAAAUCUUCUUUUUCUUUCUGUGAAAUAGAAAUGCAGAUAAAGCUGUGACUGACGUAAAUGUUGGUGAUUAACCCCCCAGGUAAUUUUACUGAAGAAUAAAAUAUAUUUUUUGUCAAGUGGUGAAGAAAUAAGGGGGAAAUGCAUCAAUUUCUUUCAGCUGAGGUGACAGACUCAUGAUGUCUGUAGUCGCUGUCUAAAUGUCCAAUCAGGAAAAACUCAAAUGGGGGGGGGGGGGGGGGUCUUAUGUUUUCAUAUACUUAGACCAGUUUGAUAUUUUCCUCUUGUUUACUCUCUCAAAAAUUAAGAUUUUAAGACUCUUUAUCAGUAACCAUGUUUUUAUCCUGCUCUGCUUCAGUUCCAUCACACUAUAUGCUCAUUAUAGAGAUUGUAAGCUUAUUAAUCCCAGUUAGUUAUUCUCGUGUUUGGGGAUGAACCACUGAGAGUUUAGGAUCACCGAAGACUUUUUUUUGUUUUUUUUUUUGUUUAAAGUGUUUAUUUAUGUUUUUGGUUCUUAUUCCUUUUUUGGAGGUUGGUCAUAAGCUAUGCACACAUCUCACCUCCCUGUGCUUUUUUUUUUUUCUUUUCUUUUAGCAUGUCUAUCAAAUUAUAACAAAGCUAGUAUAUCCUAAAUUUAUAGAGUUGGAACACACAACAGGUUGGAAAUAUUCCUCUGGCACCUCGUAGUUACUAUGACUUAUUAUUUUUAGUACAUUUCCUUUAGAAGAACUACUUGUAAACAAUAAAAAAUCU